GCCGGUUCGUGGCCGGCCCGUGGACAUUCUAUGACAGUGAUGAUUAAUUAAAGACGCCAGUUCAGCUGCACGAACUUUGAAAAUUCUCACCAUCUUCAGUUUCAAGAAGCUGUUUUUUAACAAAUAAUUUCUGUUUUUGGCCGCCACUGUUUUCCUCACUUGUUUUCUGCUGCUGCUGGGCUCAAUAUUAAAUUGUGAAAUUAUUAUUUUCUUUUUCAAUUUUGCUGGUGGGAGAGGAAUUUUCAGUAAUUUUUUCAUUUUUAUGUUAGAUUCAUUUAUGUUGAUAUUGGAUUUCUAACGUGUAGCCUUUUGUUACAUGUUUAUUAGCCGUCAAAGUUUAUCUCUAAAUACAUAAUUGUGAACCGAAGUCGUGGUGUAGUUAUUCAGUGACAUGGAGGACAACACAAUGAAAUGGGCGGCGGAGGUAGAGGCUGAGGCUGAGGCUGAGGCAGAGGCAGUGGCGGCUUUUGUUGAGAAAGAAGUUGGUGACUGGGACGACGAGGCCACGAGUCGAGCAAGAUUUAAGGCCCUAAGCGGACAGAGGUCUGAUUGGGAGCCGCUCUAUCUUUUCUGGAGGAAUUUGAUUAUCAAGGUCGCUCGCCACCUCCGCAUCUUCAUCAUCCGCCCUACCCACGUCAAAAGCCUCUGGUUCCGGCGAGCUGGCUUGUCCCCGUUGUGCCUCGAUCGCGUCCUUGUCGAGAUGCAUCGCGCCGGUGACUUAUUGCUGCCCCACACUCAUGCUAAUUCAUCUUCACUUUCCCGAUUCUCCAUCAUUUUCGACAGAGCCCUAGGUUUUCUGGGGGUGAAAAACAAGGAUAGUCUUUCUCUUGCCGGAGAUUACUAUAUCCUUUCACCGCUGUUGCAGGAGAGAUCCCUUGAAGUGGUUCAUGUAUUGUCCGAAAAUCAUUGGACGUCUUGUUGUGUCAUUACCAUGAGGAAAUUUCAGGAUAUCUGUGAGGGAUCGGAGGAGAAAGCACUUGCAAUCUUGGACUACUUGUCGGCGCAAGGUAGAGCGAAACUUCUCACCAUCAACAGAGCAGAUCCAAUUCAGGGAGUGAAAGUGUGUCUUGCUCCUGGAGCUGAUUCUACUCCCUUAAGUGUGGAUUACUCUAUUUUGCACUUAGUUUGGACUACAGAAAAACUUGAGCAGCAGCUUGAUUCCAUCGACCACCGCUAUCAAAAAAGCAGGACUUUGGCUUUAGCCUCUAUUAAAGAUGGAAACAAGAAACGUGCCUUGAGAUAUGCAGCAGAACUGAAGCUUGCUUCUCAGAGCAGAGAAAGAUGUUUGUCUUUUCUGCAGAGGGUGGAAAAUGUUCUCGAGGUCAUUACAGAUGCCGAGUCCUCUAAAAAGGUUUCAGAUGCCAUUCAAAGCAGUACACAGGCUUUGAAGGAAAACCAAAUCAAUCUUGAGGAAGUUGAGAGGUGUCUGAAGGAAGUUGAUGAGAACAUUGAUUCACUCAAACAACUUGAUAAAGCUUUAGAAUUAUAUGUGGCUGUCUAUCUAAAAUCUUUACACUUAAUAUAUGUAGAAUCGGCAAAUGCAUAUGGAGAGAUAGAUGAUAAUGAUGUCGAAGAUGAAUUUGAAAAGCUGCAGCUGGGCAUUUCGAGCGAAGAGGUCAAAGCACCAAUUGGAGCAAAAGAAGAGGUUUCACAAACAACUUAUGUUCUGAGCAGUGCCCUAUCUACACUUCGUCUUACAAGUGAAGCAGAAUGCGAUGUAAUACCUGUAAGCAACAAAAGUAUGCCUAAGGAGACCGUUCUUGAAACUGCUCGACUUUGUAGUUGUGACUAA